ACGCCGGGACCUUCCUGUUACCGGCACCCGCCCACCCCCGGCCCGGGCUCGGCGCCGGCUGGGCCCCAGGGGCCGGAUCGGGGCCCCCAGCGGGGAUCCAGCCCCCGCUCCCCGGCGCGGUCCCAGCCAUGAGCGAGGAGGAAGAGCCCAGCCCCUCUGCGUGGGCCGAGGAAGAGGAAACGCUGCCGAGCCUGAUGGGGUCGGAGCGGGAGAUCUCGUGUGACAUCCAGUGCUGGUCGGAUAACGAGGAGUGGGGGCCGGACAGCCCAGCCGGCAGCGGGGGAGUGGGAGACGCCUGCUCCCAGCCGGACAGCAGCCCCACAGCCUACGGGAGGAGCUACUGUCGUGGCUCGCACGAGGACAGUGAGCUCGGGCUGCACGCCAGCUCAGGGGAAGACGGUGAGCUUGACUUCCAGCGUGGCUCGCAUGAAGAUGGCGGGUUCAGGUUGCACGCCGGCUCGCACGAGGACGGUGAGCUCAGGUUCCACGCCGGCUCCGAAGAAGACAGUGAGCUUGAGCUUCACACCGGCUCGCACGAGGAUGGUGAGCGUGGGCUGCAUGGCGGCUCAGAUGAAGAUGGUGAGUUCGGGCUGCACGCUGGCUCGCACGAGGACAGUGAGCUGGGGUUGCACGCCGGCUCAGAUGAAGAUGACGAGUUCAGGCUGCAUGCUGGCUCGCACGAGGACAGUGAGCUUGGGUUGCACGCCGGUUCAGAUGAAGACGGUGAGUUUAGGCUGCAUGCUGGCUCGCACAAGGAUAGUGAGCUUGGGUUGCACGCCGGCUCAGAUGAAGAUGACGAGUUCAGGCUGCACACUGGCUCGCACGUGGACAGUGAGCUUGGGUUGCACGCCGGUUCAGAUGAAGACGGCGAGCUAAACUUCCAUCGUGGCUCAGACGAAGACGGCGAGCUGGGCUUGCACGAGGAUGGUGAGCUAAGCUUCCGUCGUGGCUCGCACGAGGACGGGGAACUCGGGUUGCACGCCAGCUCGGAAGUCCUCCCCGGCUUCGACCUCGCUGGCAAUCCGGGCCCAGCCUCCGCAACGUGGCCCCCUCCGGGCCCGCCGUCCUCCCGCCCCCCCCUGCCGGCGCGCCCCUUCCAGUGCCUGGACUGCGGCAAAUCCUUCGGCUCCAACUCCACCCUGGCGCAGCACCGCCGCAUCCACACGGGCGAGCGGCCCUACAAGUGCGGGGAGUGCGGGCGGGCGUUCAGCCGGGGCUCCACCUUCCUCCAGCACCAGCGCACCCACACCGGCGAGCGGCCCUACAAGUGCCCGGACUGCGGCAAAGCCUUCAGCCGCAGCUCCAACCUGCUGCAGCACCGGCGGGUCCACACCGGCGAGCGGCCCUACAAGUGCCCCGACUGCGGCAAAGCCUUCAGCCUCAGCUCCACCCUGCUCCAGCACCAGAUCAUCCACACCGGCGAGCGGCCCUACAAGUGCCCCGACUGCGGCAAGAGCUUCAACCGCAACUCCAACCUCCUCAACCACCGGCGCACCCACACCGGCGAGAAGCCCUUCCCCUGCGGCCUGUGCGGGAAGCGCUUCUCGGAGAGCUCCACCCGCACCCAGCACCAGCGCACCCACACUGGCGAGCGCCCCUUCCGCUGCACCGAGUGCGGCAAGAGCUUCAGCCUCAGCUCCACCCUGAUCCAGCACCAGACCACCCACAGCGGGGAGAGGCCCUACCAGUGCCCCGACUGCGGCAAGACCUUCGGCCUCAGCUCCACGCUGCUGCGGCACCGGCGGGCCCACACCGGCGAGAAGCCCUUCCGCUGCCAGGACUGCGGCAAGAGCUUCGGCGUCAGCUCCCACCUGGUGCAGCACCGGCGGGUGCACACCGGUGAGCGCCCCUUCCGCUGCCCGGAUUGCGGGCGCGGCUUCGGGCAGAAUUCCCACCUGGCCCAGCACCGCAGGGUGCACCGGGCCGGCGGGGAGGCCCGCCCGCCCGGCACCCUCUACAUCUGCGGCGACUGCGGGAAGAGCUUCCGCCAGAGCUCCCACCUGGCCCAGCACCGGCGCACCCACACCGGCGAGCGGCCCUUCCGGUGCGGGGAGUGCGGCCGGGGCUUCUCCCAGAGCUCCAAGCUCCUGGAGCACCGCCGGACCCACACCGGCGAGCGGCCCUACGCCUGCCCCGACUGCGGCCGGGCCUUCGGCCACAGCUCGGCGCUGGCCCAGCACCGCCGGACCCACACCGGCGAGCGGCCCUACGCCUGCGGGACUUGCGGGAAGAGCUUCAGCCAGAGCUCGGCCCUGCUCCAGCACCAGCGCAUCCACACCGGCGAGAAGCCCUACCGCUGCUCCCGCUGCGGCCUCUGCUUCCGCUACCUGCUGCAGUACACCCGGCACCAGAAGGUGCACGCCCGGGAGGAGCUGCUGGCGCAGGAGAGGGCCGGGGCGGCGCCGGGAUCUGCGGCGCCGGUGGCCUCCGCGGCUCUGGAGGUGGCGCCGGGGGCCGGGACGCAAGGGUUCUCCGCGGCGCUCGGGGUGGCGGUGGAGGAGGGGGUGGCGGUGGCGCUAGGCAUGGGAGUAUGA